UUUAUACGGAGUUCGUUUUCGAUUACGAUCACUCAAUUUUUUUUCAGAAAUAACACGUGCAGCUAAAUGUAUUCACCAAAAAUCCGCCCUACCUUGCCCUAGUGGAAGCUUCUCCCCUGCCUAAUUGGGCGCAACUUCUUUUGCCCUACCUGAGAUGACACAAAACAUGCUAUGUUUAAUAAUCUUUUGGUACUCAAAUAUAUAACUUAAUACUUCAAAUUUCUCUAGAUGAUUUAAUUGGGCAAUUUUUUUGUUUGCACACAAGGAAAACCACAAAUGUAGCUCGAGCUACAUGUAGCUCUUUUUUUAAUUAAAAAUAAUAUUUUAAAGUUUCAAAAAAUCUUGAUGUAGACAAUCUUGUGUUCUACCAGCAUGCAAAUUUGCAACUCGAAAUACCUUAUAUUCAAAGCUAUGCAAAAAUAAUAAAUUCUGAAAUCUAUAAUAGUGAAUAGUACAAACUCUCACAAUCUCAAAAUCUAUCAGAUUUUAUCAUUUUUCUGCCGCCUCGAAUAUAUGGUAUUUGGGGUUCAAAUUUUACACAAUGAUAGAACUCAACAUUGCCUACAUCUAGAUUUUUUGUCAGAUUUUUUAAAAACUUAGAAUGCUAUUUUUCAAUUAUUCAAAAAAAGAGCUAUGUGUACGUAGCCCGUCCUACAAAAGUCCACACUCCACGCUCUAGAGGACUAAAGUCCACUUUUUCUCGUUGUAGUUCUUCCUAAAGACCACCGCUACACAUGAUUGUCCCCACAGCCAUUGUCAUUUUUCUAAUAUUCGUGAAGCUUGAUUCUGACAAUGACGGAGAUUCACCACCAGCAUUACAGCAUAAGUAAUCCCGUUUGUUUGCACAUGCCAAUCGACAAGAGCACUGGCUGGCCGAUGAGGAACAAAUGUCGUAAGUAAAUGUCUGGAAAAAGCACUCAUCCAUGAGCGUUAAUUACAAUCUCUCGGUAUGCAAGGACUUUUCGUGCUACUUAUCAGUCAUCGCCUACUCCUUAAGCACUUAUAAAUACUGCAUGCAUGUAUGGCUUCUAAUUCCAACACUCAACUGUUCUUGUCAUUUGCGCCAGUGCGUGCGCGCUGAGCGAGUCGAUGGCCGCGCUCAUCUUCUCCACUCUGCUGCUGCUGGUUCUUGUCACCGCCGUGGUGAUCGGCAGCACGGCUCGUGGAGACGAGGGUGGCGACGCCCUCACCACCGGCUUCACCCGCGUGCUGAUGACGGAGACGAGGUUCGUGGUGCAGAGGCCCUACAACGUGCCGCUCGACGAGCGCUACGAGUUCGCCGGCGGCGUGCGCCGGAUGUGGGUCUACUCCACCGACAAGCCCUUCAACCGGACCCUCCCCGGCGCCGCGCGCACCGAGACGAAAAUCAACGAGUACAGCUCGGGCGUGUGGCAGUUCGAGGGCGAGGUGUACGUGCCGGCGGGCACCUCCGGCGCGUGCGUCAUGCAGAUAUUCGGGGCGGCGCCGGAGCCGCAGGAGACGACGCUGAUGCUCCACGUCUACGAUGGCAGCCUCACCUUCUACCACGACCUGCACAGGGUGCUCGCCGAGAACAUCUACGACCGCUGGAUCCGGCUCAACGUCAUCCACGACGUGGCCGCACGGAACGUCACCGUGUUCGUCAACGGCGAGGUGAGGCUGCGAUCCGGAGGGCACGGAGGGCCCGGCGCGCUGCACUACUUCAAGUUCGGGGUGUACAAGCAGUCACACCACCACCCGUCGUAUCUCAUGGAGUCGCGGUGGAGGAACGUUUCGCUCUUCACCAAGCCGUGACUGAUCGCACCAAGGGCAUGUACAUCUAGGCAAUGCUUUUUCAUUCAUUAAGUUUUUUUUAAAAGUUGGACAGUUUGUAGGUAAAACUGACCAACAUCUGAUACAACACCGCACAUAACACACCAAGCCAGCCCCAAAGUGUGAUCCAAAUUGCGGUGGAAGCGUUCACUG